GUCUUCUGGAGGAUGGGAAAUCAGUGCAGACAGGUGUAACUACAGCAUCAGCCACAGCUGGAACACUGAACACGGAGAAGAGGAACAAUUGUGGUUCUCAAUGUGUGAACCCUAUGGUCCACAACACGGGAGCUACAACGCAGAGACAGAACGGCUUCAGGACUGCAGAGAGUAAAUGGGACACACAGAAAAUGUCCACAAAGGAAGUCGCCAUUAAUGCUACAAAAACCAUCAGACAAAACGACAGAAGGAAAACAAAGAAUUGUGCUAAUUAA